AUGAAACUCUCAAUUCUUUUCUAUGGCCCCUUGAUGGCUCUCAUCUUAUCUACCAUGGUCGUCGCCCCGCGCAUCCCGUCAUGUCCUAAUUUCGAAGUGUGUAAGCAAGAAAAGGGCGUUCUUCUAACACCUGAACAGGUCACGGACGAACUCAAGCUCUCAAUGAAAGGCGCUUGUGGAUACGUUGGACACGGCGGGAAAUGUAGUUUUUUGGACAGGGAAUUUGCGUAUUACGGCUGCCCGAUUUGCAAGGGCCUCGGCGGUUUAAACCGCGUGUACCGCCAAAACAAAAAAUAUAAAGGACAGUGUCACCAGGGCCACAAAAUAUUUGUCGAUGCCGAAAUUGACCUACAACCAAAAUCUGUCCAAGCCCAAAUUGACGUACCACCAAGCUUUGUGAAUGCCCAAAUUGACGUACCACCACCCGCUUAUAUAGACUUUUUCGCCUUGGAAUCGGAGAAGCAAGCAUCAUCAAACCGUUAA